GACAGACGCAAAAGUCGGCGGGGUGCGUAUCGCAACUGCUUCCCUCUAAUCUCUUUAUUUACAUUUCAUUUUUUAAGCCAGGCAGAGUCUCUAAACUGAAUCGCUGGAAGGAAACCGAUUUUCCAACUCACAUGCGUGAACAAGCGUGGUCCUAACAUGACAGCCAAACAAAAGUGGGGGGUCCUGAAGGACCAUGUCACCACCGUCCUGGAGAAAGCCCAGGUAGACGGCAACCUGGAGAAUGCCGACCCGGAGCUGUGCAUCCGACUGCUGCAGGUCCCCACCGUGGAAAACUACUCCGGCCUGAAGCGACGGCUGGAGGAUAGCGACAGCGCCUGGAUGACACAGUUCCUGGAGCUGAGCGGCCUGGGCCUGCUCUUGGAGGCCCUGGACCGGCUGUCUGGGAGGGGCUGCGCCCGUAUCUCUGACGCCCUCCUGCAGCUGACCUGUGUCGGCUGCGUACGCGCGGUCAUGAACUCCCCCGCCGGCAUCCACUUCAUUGUGGACAACGAGGGCGGAUACGUCCGCAAGCUGUCUCAAGCUCUGGACACUUCUAACACCAUGGUCAAGAAGCAAGUGUUUGAUCUCCUGGCUGCCCUCUGCAUGUUCUCUGUAGACGGUCAUAGCCUUGCCUUGGAUGCCCUGGAGCACUACAAGAGUGUAAAGACCCAGCAGUACCGCUUCAGCGUCAUCAUGAACGAGCUUCAGGCCACGGACAAUGUGUCCUACAUGUUCACCCUCCUUAGUGUUGUCAAUGCCCUCAUCUUUGGCACUGAGGACCUCCGGAAGAGGGACAGACUGCGCAAGGAGUUCAUUGGGCUACAGUUGCUGGAUAUACUUCCAAAAUUAAGGGAGCGGGAGGAGGAGGCCCUGGUCAUCCAAUGUGAGGUGUUCGAGGAGACAAUGGCUGAGGAUGAGGAAGAGCUCCAGAGGGCCUAUGGGGGCAUUGACAUGAGCAGCCACGAGGAGGUGUUCUCCGCCCUCUUCACCAAAGUGAGUAGCUCUCCCUCCUCUCUCCAGCUGCUGUCCAUCCUGCAGGCCCUAAUGCUGCUGGGUCCAGACCAGGCUGAGAUGUGGCAGGCGCUAGAGGCCCUCACCAACCGGGCCACACUACUGGCCCAAGUAGCUGCAGUGGAAAGUAUUGAGAGUGUCAUGGAGCGGCUGGUUUCAUCCAAGGCGGGGUCCAGCAGCCAGCACUCUUCAGAUCCUGGGCUGAAGAGGACGAAUAGAGCCAUGCAAACGGACCCAACGGACCCAAUCCCAAGCUCUGCGUCUCAGCCAUGCCAGCCUUCCACUGUGGAAGCUCCUAUCUCAGCGCCUCCUCCUCCCCCUCCCCCUCCUCCCCCUCCUCUUCCUCUUCAUUCAGCCAUAAUGGGAGGCCCACCCCUGCCCCCACCAUCCCCACCCUUGCCUGGAUUGGAGCCACCACCCCCUCCUCCUAUGGCCGGGCCCUUUGGUGUCCCACCACCUCCUCCCCCACCCCCCAUGCCAGGAGGAGUAGGCGGGGGACCCCUGCCACCACCACCCCCUCCUCCACCAGGCAUUGGACCCAUAAUAGUGGCGAAGACCAGUCAAUCACUGGGGUGCUCCUAUGGCCCGGCCCACAAAGCUGGCCGCUGCCCCACACAUCGAAUGAAGAAGCUCAACUGGCAGAAACUCCCAUCCAGAGCUGUGGCCAACAGCCAGUCGAUGUGGACGUCGGUGCAGACAGACCCCAUGGAGCCGGACUACUCCAGUAUCGAACAGCUCUUCUGUCUGCCCCAGGCGGAUCUCAAGAACAAGAGCACAACGACUGCUCCAGCCAAGAAGGAACCCAAAGAGAUAUCUUUCAUUGAGGCCAAGAAAAACAUGAACUUAAACAUAUUCCUGAAGCAGUUCAAAUGUUCGAAUGAGGAGUUUGUGGCCAUGGUGGAGGGUGGAAACCGCUCCAAAUUUGAUGUGGAGGUGCUGAAACAGCUUCAGAAGCUUCUACCAGAGAAACAUGAGAUUGAAAACCUGACGUCAUUCCAAGGGGAGCGAGAUAAACUGGCUAAUGUUGACCAGUUGUACCUUCUUCUCCUCGCUGUACCAUGUUACUCUCUGAGGAUAGAAUGCAUGCUGUUGUGUGAGGAGACUGCCUGUGUGCUAGAGAUGCUGAGGCCCAAAUUGGACAUGGUGGCCCAGGCAUGCGACAGUGUGAGACAGAGCACUCGGCUGUCCAGUUUCUGUAAGCUGAUACUUGAUGUUGGAAACUUUCUCAAUUAUGGAAGCCACACAGGAAAUGCUGAGGGGUUCAGAAUCAGUACUCUGCUAAAGCUAGCCGAAACCAAGGCCAACAAAUCCCGUGUUACACUCCUCCAUCACAUCCUGGAGAAGGCAGAACAGAACCAGGUCGACCUGCUGAACCUCCCUGAUGACAUUGAGAUUUGUGAAAAGGCAGCGGGAGUAAACCUGGACUCCAUCCAAUCAGAGGCCAGCUCCCUCAGUCUACGCCUGAAGAACACAGAAAAUAAGGUGUCUUCAUCUGAGGAGGACAUCAAACAGCAGUAUUUGGCUGCUAUUCAGGAGAAUCUGGAAGCCUGCAAGGACUUGGAUAGGCGCUUUGCUGAGAUUGAGAAAAAGAAGACUGACCUGGCACAGUAUCUGUGUGAGGAUGCAUCCACACUCAAAUUAGAGGAGCUCUUUGGAACCAUCAAGACAUUUCGUGGACUCUUCCUCAAGGCCCUCAAGGAGAACAAGAGCCGCAGAGAACAGGCCAUCAGGGUCGAGAAGAGAAAGAUGCGCAUGGCUGAAGAAGAAGCCAAGCGACAGACAGAGGACGGUGGAGUGAUCAAGCGAAGGAUUCCCCCACCACAGGAAGAAGGCUGCAUAAUUGAUAACCUGCUGGCAGACAUUCGGAAAGGCUUCCAGCUGCGAAAGACGCAACCCAGGAGCCCCGCUGUACAAGUACAGAGGGAUGAUAACCAUAGACAAAGCACUGUGGCUGAAAUAGAAGCAAGAGCUUCAGACACUGGGGUCACCCAGCCCCCUGGCCACACCAGUACUGCUGAAGGUGUGGUCAAGGAUGACGUAGGCCAAGAGGCACCAGCCACACCUGCCAUCUGUGAUGUGCCUGAUUCCACCCUGGCACCGGCCAGUCCAGACGUGACCUCCACCACAGAUGAGGAAAACUCCAAAAAACGCAAAUCUGUCCUGAGACAAAGCAAUGUGCCUGAAACAGAAGCAAGCGCUUCAGACACGGGGCUCACCAAACCCACUGAAGACGCUCAUACUGUUGAAGGGGUGGUCGAGCACGUGUCCUCCAGUGUAGACCUGGAGGCCUCAGCUGUACCCACCAGGUCCAACUGCAAUGUGCCUGAUAGGAAUUUAGCUGACUCUACCCCUUCUCCGCCCAGCAUGGACGUAACCUCCACCACAGAUGAGGAAAACUGCAAAACAGAAGGACAAAGCACUGUGCCUGAAAUAGAAGCAAGAGCUUCAGACACUGUGGUCACCCAGUCCCCUGGGCACACCAGUACUGCUGAAGGUGUGGUCAAGGAUGAGUCACCCAGAGUAGGCCAAGAGGCACCAGCCACACCUGCCAUCUGUGACGUGCCUGAUGGGAAUUCCGCUCCUUCAUUGCCAAACCCGGAAGUGAUGUCCUCCACAGAUCCACAGGAGAAAUCCAAAAUGUACAAAUUCUUACAUAGGAACAAAAAGAACCAUGGGGAAGCAGUCGCUCGCAAAAGGAAAGGACGCAGGGGUCGUAAAAAGAGUUGUGCUUUGCAGUGAGGUAGCACCAGAAGAAAGACAUUCUAAACCUUCACUUCAUUCUAAACCUUAAUUUCACUGUUUUAAAAAAAUAUAUGUAUACGUAGCCCUACAUGUCUUAAGUAUUAUGUAUGUAUGUGUGCAUUUUACUACCAUUGAAAAGUUUGGGGUCAACUUGUCUUUUUCCGCUUUUUCUGAAUAAAUGUUUUAUUUUCCCUGUUUAUAAUCACACAAUUUAUACGUAGUCAAAGUGCAGACUCAGAGCUUUUAUUAAAUUGUAUUUUUAAUGUAGUAAUGACUGCACUUUUUAUAUGUAGUCCCCCAUUUCAAUGUUUGAGACAAAUUAACAUCAUCAAAAUAACAAUCAAAUAAAAGGGUCAUGUUUUGUAUUGGGUUGCAUAUCCUUUGCAUGCCAUGCUUUCCUGAUGUCUGUGACCUUUCAACAUCGUCUUAUUUUCAGGUUAUUCUACAAGCAAUAAGAAAACUCUUUGCAUUUGAAUGGAUCAUAAAUCGGAAUUCAGGGGUGGGACUAGAUUCAGCUGUAAAUUAUGCUGUACAGUAUGGAACACAUUUGCUGGCGAAAUGGCUUGAAGUCAACAAGGGUCCAAGUUAUCAAAUGAGCCUCAAACCACCAGCUUGCAUGCAUGUAUGUAUAACAUCUGCACUAUAUUUGAAGAGCAAAUAGAGCGAGUGGGUGGGGUCUCCACUGGUCAGGCCCCUCCAAAGAAAAAAUGUUGUAUGUCUGCAGCUACUUCAGCACCUUCCUGUGAACUCUGGGUUAAUGUGGUCCUUUUGGGAGUUUGUGAAGACAGCUGUGAUAUUGAAAUAUUUUGGUCGAUUCUUAUUGUAGAAAAAUGUGAUGGACCAUUUUACACUGAGACUGAAAUUACUAUUAAAGUGUAGGUAACAUGUA